AUGGGCAAGAACGGUUCGUCAAAACGAUGCACUUGGCACUUUGUCCAAGAUGGAGAUGACCCGAGUUCAUGCUCUUGUCCGCAGGCAUCGCAGGUAAUGAUGUGUCGGGACUCUGAAGCUUUGCCAAUACCCCCGUCACUUUUGGUCCCUGAGCAACAGGGUUUGCUUGAUCGAUUCCCUAUUGGCGCUCCACUUCCUCACAGUGGUACAAUUAUUUUGAUUGACGCCACGGAUUUUGUCCCAACGGGCGUACACAUGGACGCCGAUGAUUUGAAGGAAGUCGAAAUAGACCUGAUGCGCUGGGGACUUGCGCGAUUUUCUUUCAACUACGAUACCAACAUGGACGAUCGUACAUGCAAUCAUCAUGCCGGUGCUUUCCGUACAAUUCAAAAGGCUAGCUUCAAUGUAGCAAGAACAAUGCAAAAGUUCAGAACUCUUGGACUAUCAUUUCAUGGAAGCGGAGAAAAAAAAGAACAAUGCAAAAGUUCAGAACUCUUGGACUAUCAUUUCAUGGAAGCGGAGAAAAAAAAGGCUUGCAAGGAAUACCUUGAUUACUUGCUCAUGUUGGGUGCUUCGAGCAAGGUCGCCCAAAUUUUCCAGCCAAGGAAUUACACCAUCAUGGGCAAUAUCUCCGAGAUAAAACUUUCGCCUGGUCCUCAUGCUGUUAGAGGGAUGCAAUUUAUCAUACCCCGAUGGUGGUCACACAAAAUGGUCGCCUUUGUUGAAUAUGUAGAGAGCCGAUCUCGCUUUUGCGCCAAGUCUCGCACUGAUUCUCCUGGAAAGAUUUUAUCGAUUCGCAACUACGUCACUUCCUCGUCAACCGAGUACGGUUUUAUAACCCGACACCUUCCUUCCGACCUCUAUAGCGUUGAAUUCAAAGAGUAUUUAUUACCUAAUGAGAUUGUGGAACUCAAAAUGAAAGCCCCUAUAUUGCCGGCUAUUGGAAACAUGGCUUCACUCUUUCCACGUCAUGAUGAAGAGUUUUUGACACCUCCCCUCAACCAUCUCGAAAAUGAUGUUUAUUUAAGUGAUGAUGAUGUCUCUUGCGAUGAGAUGGACGACAGCGAAAAUGAGAUUGAUAUAACCACCAUGUCUGCCGAACAAAACGCGAUAAAAGACGCGGAAGAUCGCUUCAAGACUCAAAUUGCAAAGUUGCAGGAAGACUUACAGGAUGUCAUCACGAACUUCUCUAACUUCAAGAGCAACAUACAAGACUCCCUCCCCAAACGUUUGGAAGAAUUGGAGAAAGCAAGAAACGACAUUGAGAAGAUCAUCUCUAAACUUGAUGCACUCAAAGUCCAACGGGCCAAUAUUGGUGAAGGUUGUUCAGUGGACAUCAAUGAUACUGAAAGUACCAUUGAUGCCGGAGUGUAA